AUGUCCAUGCUUCACAAGCUCAUCAUGUUAUAUCUUUUCCUUAUGUCCUUAUUCAAACUUGCGUGGAUAAAGUCGCUCAGUACCACAACUUCAUACUCAGUAGCAUUUUGGCGAUCGCGUCGAGAACUUGGUGAAGAAACAGAAGGCAAGCCGCCAGACCUCCAUGAUUAUGAUUAUUGA